AUGCACCCCUGCAGUGGAGAACCGUCUCAAAGCAGCGGUCCUACCAAUGACCCAGAGCACCCUGAGGGACUCGCUGUCAAAUCGCUCCAGGACGUCGAUGAGCCCAGUCUUGACCCCCGACUCAGCUUGUCGACGACCAUAUUACCCGCCUCGGAUGACCUCGACGCUCCUCUAUCACGCCAGUUAAGUCAGCUGGUACAUCCAAGACAGGGUUGUGCCUCAUCUGGUGAUGUGGAGAAGAAACCUGACUUAGACUAUGUCGAGCCACUAUACGUCGAGUUUGAGGUAGGUGACCCUCGAAAUCCCGUUAAUUUCUCGCGACAAAGGAAAUGGGCAAUCACUGUACUGUCGAGUUUUUCCACUCUCCUUGCUGCUAUAACGGCAGCUGGGUAUAAUCUAGGGUUUGAUUCUAUGACAAGGGACCUCAACUGCACACGGUUCCAAGCAACCAUCGGACUAAGCACGUAUACACUCGGGUUCGGUAUCGUUCCACUCUUCACCGCCUCAUUCAGUGAAGAGUUUGGCCGACAACCAUUGUACAUCGUGUCCGCGGGGGGCUUCUUCAUCAUGUACAUCAUGGUAGCCUUGGCAAAGAAUAUCCAAACGGUGAUAAUCGCCCGCUUUCUGCAAGGCGGCUUUGGCUCAACGUGGGCCACUAUGGUAGGUGGAACAAUUGCGGACAUUUGGGUCCCUGAAGACCGAGGUCUUCCCAUGACCAUAUUCACUAUAGCUGCUAUCGGAGGCACAGGCGUGGGACCCAUCAUGGCCGGGUGGAUCGAAAUGAACCAACGGCUUGAAUGGAAGUGGAUCCAAUGGAUCCAGAUGAUGAUAUGCGGAAUGUAUAUCGUAUUGGUGCCUCUCAUCAUGAAAGAAACGCGCUCCUCGAUCCUUCUCACCCGUCUGGCGAAGAAGAUACGGAAGGAGACGGGUGAUAAGCGAUAUCGAGCACGCAUCGAAGAUGAGCGGGCAAGUUUGCGUACGCUGAUAUUCAUAUCGUGUACACGUCCAAUCCACCUCAUGUUGACGGAGCCCAUCGUAGCAAGCUUCAGUCUUUGGAUUGGAUUUUGCUGGGGUGUAGUAUACGCACUGGUCGAGUCAAUACCCUUUAUAUUCCGGGACUUGCACAACUUCAAUGUAGGUCAAUUGGGUAGCGCAUUUACCAUCAUGAUUGUCGGAAGCUUGCUUGGAUUUAUGACAAACGUCGUUCAAGAAAAAUUAUAUCACAAAAACUACCCGCACAGAGGUCCUGAAGCUCGGUUGUAUAUGGCCUGCGCUGCGGCUAUCAUGCUACCCGCCGGCAUGUUCAUCUACGCAUGGACUUCAUUCUCGUUCGUGCCGUGGAUUGCAUCUGCCAUUGGUAUCACGGCAGUGUUCACAUACCUCGCAGACACUUACGGUCCAUUCGCUUCUUCGGCACUUGCUGGAAACCUCGCUGCGAUGGCGUUCCCGCUUUUUACAACACAGAUGUAUAACAACCUCGGAUAUACAUGGGCAAGCACGCUGUUUGCGUGUAUAGCCGCUGUCAUGAUUCCCAUACCCUUUAUCCUGUUCUUUUAUGGACCAUCCAUUCGUAGACACAGUAAAUUCUCCAGCAUGGUCCUGCACGGUAAAUCAUAG